CGCGAUAGGACGACACAGAAGAAGAAACUUUGACUUCCUGUAUCCAACUGAAGGUACAGACAAGUUACUGUCCUGAGACCCUCCCUGGAGAAAGAAAUUUCUCACUGAAUGAGCUCAUCAUGUUAGUGUUGGGCUGACCCUUUCUAUGACAUGAUGGAUGACAGUGAAUUGGAGGCGAUAGCCACGCCAUCAGGCAGCUCUUCCAUUGGGGAUGCAGUAUCUGGUAGAGCACAGAGUGUGCCUGAUGGUGAAGUUGACGAGCUCUACUACAUCCCAGAGAGAAGACCUUCUCUGGACCUGGGACCGAGUCCAAUGGAUACCAGCCACUGGCAUUAUGUGGACCAGGCCUCUGCUCCAGCUCUGAGCUACAAUACAAUGACAAGUGAGGAGAACUUAAGCACCAUGGAUGUUGACGAUGGAUCCUCUACGAGGGUCCAGCUGGACAGAGCAGAUUCAUACUCAAGCUGCUACUCCUUUGACAGUGAUGACUGUGAAAAAAGAAUCCCCAGGGUUAAAAGCAACGAUGAUGCAGUCUCAGAGCCUUCUGGCACACCCGAGUUAAUCCAAGACCCAAAUGCGAUCAGGCAUCCCUCACUGACAGUGGCUUUCACUUUUAAGGCUAUUUGUGCAACCCUUGGGAAGCUGACUGAAGCAGACUUUAAGAGAUUCAAGAUGAUGCUGUGGAAGCGUUACCCACAGUCAUUCAACACUCCUCCCCAAGGCAUGGACAUGGUGGACCUUGUGGACCGGUUACUUGAGUGUUAUGACCUGGAGGUGUCUUUGCAGAUCACCAGAACCCUUCUUGAGGAAAUGGAGCGAAAUAAUAUCAUUGAUUUUCUCCAGACUUUGUGCAUCAGAAAUGAAGUACGUCACGAGCUAAAGGAGACUCUGAAGAGGAUGUAUGGCAAAGUGUAUGAGGACUGGGCCAUGCAGGGAGAGAAAAGGCCUCUUGAUGAUAUCUUUACUAAUCUCCACAUAACCUCAACAUCCAAUAAUGGCCCAAAUCUUGAACAUGAGGUCCUGACCAUAGAAAAGCUGGACACCAACCACAAGGAAGGGAAGCUGCUUUCUACUGGGGAUAUCUUGAGCGCUGAAAGGCUCGAGCAAUCAAGCUUAAAGUUAUUGCUGGUCACAGGAGCGGCGGGGUCAGGGAAGUCUAUGGCAAUCAGAAAGUUAAUCCUUGAUUGGGUUGAAGAGCGUUCCCACCAACAUGUGUCCUUCUUGUUUCCUUUGCCGUUCAGAGAACUCAAAAAGUUUGAGGAUUCUGAGGUGUCCCUCGUGGAUAUAAUUCAAACACUCUACCCAGAAACAAAAAAACUGACGGAACAGGAUUAUAGAAGCGACGACUGCAAGCUAAUGUUUAUCUUUGACGGUCUCGAUGAGUACAAUGGCCCGCUUGACUUUCAAAACACUACGCUUGUCGGGGACCACAAAGAGGCCACCACCCUGAACAUCCUCGUGGUCAACCUCCUCAGAAGUAGGCUGCUCUACCGUGCCCUAUUUGUGUUCUUCUCCCGGCCGCCAGUAAAGCGCUGCAUCCCUUGGGAUACACCUCGUGAUCAGAUAGAAGUGCGUGGUUUCCGUGACUCUGAAAGGGAGGAGUACUUCAGGAAGAGAUUUAAGGACCCAAAUCAAGCAGCUCGAGUUAUUGCGUAUAUCAACUCCUCCAAAACCCUCCGCAUCAUGUGCCACCUGCCCUUGUUUUGCUCACUGGUGGCUGAUGAGCACCAGCACAUAUUUAAAGAACAGGGAACAGGGGCUGAAGUGCCAAGGAGCAUCACCUACAUGUACACAAAGUUGCUGCUUGCACUCACACGUCAGCAUCACACAUUUAGAGCUCGAUAUUGUAGCCCAGAUAAAGAGAGAGACUUCCUCAUGAAAGUUGGAAAGUUGGCCUUCAACAUGCUGGAACAAGGCCAGUUCAAGCUCAAGAAGCCUAAGUGGCAAGAGCACGGAGUGGAUGACACGGAGACAGUGAUCAAGAGCGGUCUGUGCAUGCAAUACAUCACAAAGACAAUGGUUUUCUAUCAGGAUAAAGUCAUCAGCUUUAUUCACCCCACCAUGCAGGAGUACCUGGCUGCCCUUUAUGUGUUUCUCACCUUCACAAAUCAGGGGAAGAACAUUUUUGAGCACCAACUGAAAGACAAGGUCAGGGGAAUAUUCAAGGCACACAAAGUGAUGGAGCUGUACAAGAGCGCUGUGGACAGAAGCUUGCCGUAUGAGGACGGCAAACUGGACAUCUUCCUGCGUUUCCUGUUUGGCAUGGCUCUUAAGACCAACCUGGAGCUUCUCCAGCCAUUCUGCACAUCUUCUGUAAAGUGGUCAACAUUCAUUGAAGAUGCUGCUGCUCUCAUCCGGAAGAGGAUUAGAGAAAAUGAGUAUCCUGGCAGAAAUAGCAACUUGCAGUGCUGCCUGGAUGAGCUGGGUGUGUGAGCCUCAGAGGCAGCAUCAGUGGAUCCGACUCUUUUAAACAGUGAUCACUGCGCUUAAUCAUUUUGAUGCAAAAUAAUUGUCAAGGCUUCUGCUGAAUUCUGUUGGGAGGAAAACUGUUCCAGAUGUGGAGGAACAGGUUUCUCUCCCGAUCAAUCAACAUGUGCACUAAUGGAGCUUUAGAACAAUUAAAAACAUAAUAACUUCUGAAGUUCAGCAGUAUACUGAUGUACCAGUGAUGUGAAAACAGAAUCCUUUCAGGUUUGGUGUGAGUUGAUGAGUGUUUAUAUAGAUUUAAAGAAGCUGAAAGAUAUUACGUGGCCUUAUUUUGGGAGUUUAUUUUUUUUUCCGUUUCCAUACAAUCAAAUGUUUUUGAUGGACAUUAUUAAUUAUUUCCUGUGGUGCCAGCUCAUGCUUGAUAUGUCAUGACAUGCUUCUUAAAAUGCCUAAUAUUUCUUUGCACUGCGUUUUUAACACAAUAUCAUAAGCAUUAUGAUGAUUGCUCUAAACCAAAAUUUUAUGGCAGAACUGAAAAUAUGUUAGAACUGAAUUAUUUUGUACUUUUAAGUGUUGCUGAUCACAAAUUAUUGUUUGUUGGCUGCUUGCAUUUAAGCUACAGUUGGUAACUUUUAUGACAAUAACUUUGCUUGAACUGUCACUAUACUCUGAAAGAAGUAAAUCAGGCAGACAGUCUGAAAGAAAA